AUCGCACCAGGAUCUUAUCAAUCGGUUGAUAAUUGAGAGUAUUACACUGACAUCCCAAAGUAUCACGUGAUCCACACCACUAUCUGUUUGUAAUUUUACUUGCAAUAGAUAAUUUUUUAUUUUUGUUUUUUUCAAUUCGAAUUAAUUUACGAUUAGGAUAAGACUUUGUCUUCUCAUUUUGCCUUUUUUUUUUAUCUUUAUUUAUGGCGCGAUAAAACAGAUAAUCUAAUCUAUAUAUUUAUGCAUUUUGACGAUUUUAUAUUUCUGCUUGGUUGUUUGUUUAUGUGUUCUACUGAUUCAUGACGAUGUCGAUCGCGGAGAGCAAUUCCGGUAAUUCGAUCGAACGGUCGGGAUUUGUCCAAGAAGUGAACUGUGUAUCGAUCUCUGGCUCGCCGGAGUCCGGCAGCACGGUUACGAUGGUUGCGACGACUAAGAACGUAGUACAAGAGCGGGAGGAAGAGUUGGAUUCGUGUAGCACGUCGUCGAUUGGCAAGAACAGUGACUCGUCCGACGGAGGCGGUGAUUCCGGCGAGUCUGAGGUUCAGAGCUCGUAUAAAGGACCCUUGGACGCCAUGGAUGCUUUGCAGGAAGUUUUACAUCUCAAGAGAGGGAUAUCCAAGUUCUACUGUGGCAAAUCAAAGUCUUUUACUAGCCUAGCAGAUGCUUCAUCUUGUCUUUCUGUAAAAAACAUUGCAAAGCCGGAAAAUGCUCAUACCAGGAGACGCAAGAACUUACUUGCUCAUAGUAUUUUCUGGGACAAGAAUCGCAAUUAUCCUAUGAGAAGUAAUAGUGGUGGGAUAUCGAAGAGACCUGCCAACUCCAGUAGAAGUACAUUGGCUCUGGCAGUAACUAUGAGCAGCUCUGAAAGCAAUACUAACAGUGAAAACUCCGACUCGAACUCAUCAUCACUUAUUUUCUCUCUUCCUCCACUGUACCCACACAGUAGAAGAUCACCUAACAAUGAAGUUCUAUCAUCGCCACCUCGAUGGAAAUACUCUCCGUGGCGUUCUCUCUCUCUGUCUGAUCUUCAGGGUGCCGCCACUGCAACUACAAAUACCACUGGAUUAGUGCUAAGCAACACAGACAAGGAGGACAAACUGCAUUGACAUAUAAGUUUUGAGUUUCUCUUUGGCGCUAUGAAUCUAAAAUUGGAAAGACGUUCACGGUGUUGCAGUUCUUUGUAAGCAGUCUCCUUGUGUAAUCUUGUGGUCCUUCCUGUUGUACUUGGUAUCAAUAUAAUGGCAGCAAUACAGUUUGACUUCUUGUU